GAAAAGCCCUGCGGGGGGUCAAGGGGCGGAGCCCCAUGAAGCUCAGGUUUUUUUUAGGCAUUUAAUUACAGUCAGAUGAGCAGUGGGGUCCAGCGGGCGGAGCCUCCGGAAGCUCAAGGCUUUUAGGCAUAUUUAUUUACGGUCAUAUCACUUAGAUGAGCAUAUUUUGAUACCUUAUUUGUGACACUGGUAGGUCACUAAUUGGAGUGGGGGCCAGGAAGCGGAGCCCCCAGGAGCUCAGGGGUUUUAGGUAUUAAAUUACGAUCAGAUGAGUAUCUAGGGGCCCGCCUUACGGGCCUUUGUAGGGUCCUGGGGGCAAAGUCCCCCGGAAGCUCAGAUUUUAGGCAAUUAAUUACCGUCAUGUGAGCAUCUAGGGGCCCGCCUAAGGGCCCUGGUGGGGUCUUAAAUACUUUUGUGUGAUUCUCAGCUAGCAUAAUAAAAAAAUCAAUACAUUAAUAAGAAAGAAAAUAUGAGAGAAAGGAAAGAGAUUAAAGACUUGAAUGUUGGCUUAUAAAGUCGAACAAGUAUUCAUUCUUGUUUUAGGAACGACCAAAUGGUUACAGCAUCCUGCCACCGAUCACACCAUCGGGCGAAUCUAGUAAGCCGUCUCUGAUUAAGAGCAUCGAAAGACCCGGACCUGCUUUUCACCUGACUAAGUCUUCGCAGAAUGUGUCUCUGGUGACCGGCAAACUGUAUGAAGAGCCUUUACAGACCAGGUCCACUUGGUCUGUCGGAUCUGAUGCUAAGAUACCUGAGAGCAAUUGCCAGACUAACGACACUUAAGUUCGAGUCAUCAACGUUCGAGAAGCUGAUGAGCCUUUCAAGUCCAAGGCCAUUAGGAAAUCGGGUUCUGAUACAGCGGUGCCUGAGAGCAAUUGUCAGACCAACGGCACUCAGAAAGUUCGAGUCAUCCACGUUCGAGCAGCUGAUGAGCCUUUGCAGGGAUCUGGAUCUGCUGCUCAACCUCAAAUCGUAGGAAUCCCUUCUGACCCAAUAAAUAUCAAGGAAUGGGUCUCUGAGACCAAGCCUUUAGCCUGGACCAUGGAUUAUGCCGAUCCACUGAAGAGGCCAUUACAGCUUCCAGCGCCAAAGAUCUUGAACUGGACUAUCAAGCCUGUGGAAAUUGAGCGCUCUAAGCCAUCACCAGGACAGAUUCUAGGAUCACAUGGACCACCAACUGCCCUAACUGACCAGACCAUUGGUCCAAGAUCUGAAGAAGAGGAUAGGCUACCUGCCACUGAUGGAGGGGACUUUGCAAAGCGUGCUAGCAAGACCCAGAAGGAACCAUCAUCUAGGAGGUUCCCCAAACCGACCAACCCGGCAUUGAACCCUGAUACCACUGCUCCUGAUGAGCCUCAAAAGCGUGCUAGCAAGACCCAGAAGGAACCAUCAUCUAGGAGGUUCCCCAAACCGACCAACCCGGCAUUGAACCCUGAUACCACUGCUCCUGAUGAGCCUCAAAAUGCUAUGGAUCCCAAGACCAAGAAGAAGCGCCUGAGAAAGUUCCUCAAGCGUGCUAGAAAGCUCAGGCCUAAGCACAAGCCUGCUAAGGCUGACGAGGAAUAAAAAGAUCGAUUCAACAAAGAUAAACUUAAAAACAACCGGAUACUUUUGGAUCAUAAACAAACCUUCGCUUCAACUAAGAUUAUCAUUUCAAUGCUUAGAAACAACAAGCUACUUGUAGAUCAAAAAUAAAAACCUGCAAACUUUAUAGGCUCUGUUUGGAAUCAAUAUUGGACCACAUAGAAAUCAAAACUAUUAAAAAUGCUCCGGAAAUCAAACAAUUAUUGUAUGCAUAUGGAAGGCUUUGUAAAUUGCCACUUACCAGUAUUUUAUAUGCAUAUUACUUAGUAAUUAUUACACGGUUAAGUGAUAAUACCAAGAAUCUAAAUCCUUUACCAAAAGGUUCUGAACAAGUCACGAACAAAUCUGAGAUCAUAUUUCAUAUGAAAGAAUCACCAUCAACUAUUAUGUUGAUAACUAAUGCAAACAGAUUUUUUUAUAUUACCGGCUGUAUUAUUUUGCAGCAAAUAGUUAUAAUUAUUUUCAAAAAUGGUAUUGCUAGAAAAUGCAGUAUGAAUUGUUCAAUACAAAAUAUGAAAUGAAAACAAAAAUAUAAAAGAAAAUACCACCCCCCCCCCCGAAAAAAACACCUAUAUUUAAAAAAAAAAGUUACUAUUAUCUUUUUUUUAUCAUGAAAUUUACCUGAAAUAUGAAUGUCUAUGUAUACUAUGACAAGCAAAUAAAAAAAAGAUCAAGACUCU